UAUAUGGGUAUAUUUAUAUAUCUGGAAUAAGUGGGUAGGCAGUCGCGUAAUAAAUACUUGCCAAGCAACACGUCUUUUAUUUAUCAGUGGCGGCGAAUGGUAAAAUUAUUGUGUAAUUAAGUGUUUUAUCGGUAAAAAUGGCUGGCAAAGGUAAAUUUUCGGAGUUUGAUGUGAAAACGGGGAACUGGACCUUAUAUUGCGACAGGUUGGACAUGUACUUUUUAGCUAAUGGCGUUACGGACGAUUUGAAACUACCAACCUUGAUUGCGAACGUAGGUGAAAGUGCAUAUGAAUUGAUAGUGAAUUUAUGUAGUCCGGCCAAACCAUCUACAUUAACGUACGCUAAAGUGGUGAAAUUAGUGACAGAUCACUUGGAACCCGUGCCAUCGGCGUUAGCAGAACGUUAUAAGUUUCGGCAAAAUGCAGACAACAAAAUGGGCAAUCCAUUGCCGAGUACGUGGCCACGUUAAAACAAAUGGCGAGGUUUUGUGACUUCAGUAGCGUGACUAACGGGCUAGAAGAGAACCUCCGGGAUCAACUAGUGUGCGGGAUUACCAGUGAUGCAAUUCGACAGAGGUUAUUUGCAGAUAAAAAACUCGAAUACAGUAAAGCGGUACUGAUAGCGACUACAAUGGAGUCAGCGGAGAAAGAUUCUAUUGCGGUGGAAUCUCCGGCGUUAGGAAUGCACUACAAUGCCAGCCAAAGUGGAAAAAAACAAUGUACAGCGUGCGGCGACACUAGACAUGAGCGUUCCGCGUGCAAAUUUAAGGAUUACGUGUGCGACACGUGUUCACGUGUCGGUCAUUUACGGCGUGUGUGUCCCGAAAAGGAGGGGCACAGAGCUAGGGCAAGACCUGGAGCGACAAAGAGUUGGGGAACCAGCCAGGAGUACGCAAGUGGCUCGGGAGGCCGCGGCUAUUACGAGAGGGCAUGGACCGGCCGGGGAGGCAGCACGGCCGGCAGGAGGCGGCGAGGCGCGCGCUCGGGCGCGGCGCCCGCGCGCCAGCACUGCAUCCGGGAGCACCCCGGGCCGGCCGAGGAGGCGAGCUGGCGGGGCGACGGCGGCGAGGGCGCGGGCCCUAGCCGACGCACGGACAGCGACGACGAAUGGCCGAUAUAUCAAAUGGGACUGAGUCAGUAUCCACCGGUUUAAAGAUGUGUUCGACGGAACCCUGGGUUGCUUCACCGGCGGGCGGGCCAC